UGUUGUGACCACCGUCGCCAGCAGCCUCCAAGGAGUUCCCAGAGCGGAACCCCUUAGAGUUGCGAGUGAGCCGAGAGCUGUCCUCAGCAGCUCUCUGCCCGCACGCCUGCCGCAGGCACCCCAGUCACUGAGCAGUCAGGCGGCUUGCCCGCCUCACCCAGAGCCGACGACGUCCAAGCGUCCUGAAGACCUUCCCCUUCCCUCCCCUCCUUCCCCCGAAGAUCCCGAUCUCCCUGACUCCCCAACCAUGGGAAACGCCGGAGCAGCUGCCAGGCGGUGCACCGAAGCCAUGGAUGGAGACGGAUACCUUGAGAAUGAUCCUUAUGUGAGAGACUUCCUGACCAGGGCCAAGGAUGAAUUCUUGCGCAAAUGGGAAAAUCCUACCCAGAGGAAUGGAAUGGGCUGCCUCAGGAGGUGGUGGUGGGGGCUCCUUCCUUGGAGGUCUGCAAGCAGAGGCUGGACGAACGUUUGUCGGAAUACUGCUGCACUGGAGGACUUUGAGAGAAAGAAAACCCUUGGUACUGGAUCAUUUGGACGUGUCAUGCUUGUGAAACACAAGGUCACCGAACAGUAUUAUGCUAUGAAAAUCCUUGAUAAGCAGAAGAAAGAGAAGACUCUGGUAGAGAAUACUUGCACUAGACAAGGCAAAUGUGCUCCACAAACACAGCAGGAAAAAGUUGUUAAGCUGAAGCAGAUUGAGCAUACCUUGAAUGAGAAAAGGAUCCUGCAGGCUGUGAAUUUCCCUUUCCUGGUCAAGCUGGAAUAUGCUUUCAAGGAUAAUUCUAACCUGUACAUGGUGAUGGAAUAUGUGCCCGGUGGUGAGAUGUUUUCCCACCUGAGAAAGAUUGGCAGAUUCAGCGAGCCCCAUGCCCGCUUCUAUGCCUCCCAGAUUGUCCUGACUUUUGAGUAUCUUCAUGCUCUUGACCUGGUCUACCGUGACCUGAAGCCCGAAAACCUUCUGAUUGACAAAUAUGGAUACAUCCUGGUCACUGACUUUGGAUUUGCCAAAAGAGUGAAGGGCAGAACCUGGACCCUUUGCGGAACCCCUGAAUACCUGGCUCCUGAGAUCAUCCUCAGCAAGUUCUGUCCUCCAGAUCCAAGACGGGCAGGUCAGACCCCUAAUGGUGGAGACUUGAGAUUUUACAAUAAAGGAUACAACAAGGCCGUGGACUGGUGGGCCCUGGGAGUGCUGAUCUAUGAGAUGACCGCUGGUUAUCCCCCAUUCUUUGCCGACCAGCCCAUUCAGAUCUACGAAAAGAUCAUCUCUGGAAAGGUCCGUUUCCCCUCCCACUUCAGCUCCGAACUCAAGGACCUCCUGAGGAACCUGCUCCAGGUCGACCUGACCAAGCGUUUCGGGAACCUGAAGAACGGUGUUGGCGACAUCAAGCACCACCGUUGGUUUUCCGCCAUUGACUGGAUUGCUGUUUUUCAGAGAAAAGUGGAGGCUCCCUUUGUUCCCCGCUACCGCGGUGCUGGCGAUACCAGCAACUUUGAUGAUUACGAAGAAGAGGACAUCCGUGUUUCUCUUACCGAGAAAUGUGCAAAGGAAUUUGCUGAUUUCUAAAGUGAGCUCUUCAGUUCUCACCCCUUUGCACCAUGUUAUAAGUAAAGGCGAAGCUGAAUAUUAUCAUCGUGUAAAAAAAUUAUACCAUCCUAGUUCCUUCAUUCCACACCGUUAAGUAACGUCAUCUUCAUUCGUGAAAUUAUGAAAACCCAGAUUACUUAGGUGCAGGACCGGCCAUGGGUAUUAUUUUUCCUUUACUCUUUUUUUUGUUUGUCCCUCUCUUUGGAUUCGUUAAUUAUAUUCCUCCCCUUUCCAAAUAAUGACGUCCCUCCCCCCCCCCCCCAGUAAUGACCUGUUUAAUUUUGAUCGGUUUGUUGUUCAGAAAUGGGAGGUGGUACAGCUAGUGGUGUUUUGAUGGAAGAGAGAGAGAGAGAGAGA